GCUAGUUGGUAGAUAAUACUAUCAGUAAGAAGCUAAGCCAAAUUGCUAUUGCUACUAAGUAGCGGAGUUCUUAUAAAAGCGGUGCAAUACGGGGUUACUAAUUUAGCUAGUAUCACAAAAUCUAUCUCUAACUCUCAGUUAUUUGAUUAUAGUUACAUUAUGUCGCCGAUGAUGAGUACUAGUUCAUCGCCGACAUCAUCGUCAUCACUGCUGAUACUGGAAAAUCCACCUACAAAAACUUCAUCGUCAUUGAAGUUCAUCGGUUCCAUUUGUAGAGUAUACGCUGAACAUUAUCCGCCAGGCUUUCUUAAAAAGGUGUUUGCAGAGUUGAUAGCUACAUUUCUAUUGGUUUUUGUCACUUGCGGAUCAGCAGCAUUAAGUAACAGUGAUGAAGGCAGAGUCUCCAAGUUGGGAGCUUCUAUCGCCGGUGGACUUAUUGUGACGGUUAUGAUAUAUGCAGUUGGUCAUGUCUCUGGUGCUCAUAUGAAUCCUGCUGUCACCUGUGCAUUUGCGGCUGUAAGGCAUUUCCCAUGGAAACAGGUACCCUUUUAUGCUGCAGCUCAACUAACUGGAGCUUUGGUUGCAUCAUUUACCCUUCUAAUUUUACUGCGCCCUAUCAAGAAUAUUGGAACUACUUCUCCUUCCGGAACUGACUUUCAAGCUUUAGUGAUGGAAGUUGUUGUCACAUUUUCCAUGAUGUUUGUCACCGCAGCAGUUGCCACUGAUACUAAAGCAGUUGGAGAAUUAGCAGGCAUUGCAGUUGGUUCUGCUGUUUGCAUCACUUCUAUAUUAGCCGGGCCUGUGUCAGGUGGCUCGAUGAACCCAGUGCGGACCAUUGGUCCUGCAAUUGCCAGCAAGCAUUACAAAGGAAUAUGGUUGUAUAUUGUUGGACCAUUAUUCGGGACACUAACAGGUGCAUGGUCCUAUAAUCUCAUAAGAGGACCAGAUAAGCCAGUUCACACAAUUGCACCAUCACCAGAGUCAUCUUCAUUUAGGAUUCGUCGAUACCUAUCCAAUUACGAUGAGCAACCACAUGUAAUUCCAAAGAAAGAUCCUCUACAGAUUAUCUAGUUGGUCUUCUAUUCUCUGUAAAUUCGUUUGUUGUUUGUAUUAUUCAAUCCCCCUGCUCUAGAUAAUUUCUACCCUUUUGUUAGGCUGCUCUCGCGCGAGCAUCGCGGGUUGCCCUUGCAUAAAUAUUAGUUUGCCUUGCGUGAGUGUUCUUGGGGCACGUAAUUAUGCACUAUAACAUGUUUUCCUGAUGUAAUCCGCUCCAUAUGUAAAUGAAAUAAAAUUGAAGUACCAAGAAUCCA